AAGUGAAUCAAAAAGUGAAUGAAAUUUCAGUUAUUGUUUGGGUUUUCAAUCAAUUCAUUCAAACAAUCACUUCAUUUGAUCCCAAGAUAUGACACAACAGAUGAAACACAAGAAGACAUCACUCGAGACCACAGAUGACGGCAAUGAAGACAACAUUCAACAGCCACAAAUCUAUGCAAAAGACUCUUUGGAUCGAUUCGGUGAUGAUUUGUGUGCACUUCUCUUGUCUUAUCUCCCACUCGAAGACCGAUUCCGUUGGGAAUGUGUGUCCAAACAGUUCCAGCGGACUGUCUUCUGGAGUGCUGUCGACAUCACUCUUAGCGACCGAUUUAUGCAAAGAAUAAUGACAAAUACGAAGACAAUUGGGCCAGGCGUUAAGUUUUGCAUUGAAGUGAUA